AUGUCGUACUACGACGAUCGUCGCUACAGCGCACCCCGCGACCGCGGCCGCGGCGGCGGUUCUGCUGCAGAGUAUUUUGACAGCCAUCCACGGGGCCGAGAUGCAAGGAUCGAAAGAGACGCAUAUCCCUCAUACCGGGAUAACGGCUCCAUCGAAGAAAUUCCUCGCGAUUUCCCCCCUGGACGGGACUAUGUCUAUGAGCGCAGUUAUGAAGCCCGCCGUCCGCGCCGACCGGCUUACGAAAAUGUACGCCGUGCGUCUUCUGUUAGCGGUGAUCCAUACUACGAUAGCGGAUAUGGACACUCUCGUCGCUCACGCACUCAAAAAUCUCGGCGUUAUGAUGAUCGUGGUACGUUGCUCUCCUUCCGUCCCUACCUACUGCUUGAGAUAGACGCCCCCGAUUUUCUGCUUUUUUUGGGCUUGUCGCUCGCCCCCUCGUCACAGUCGCCGCAAAUCUAUCGGCGACGCUGCCUGCAGGCCCUCGGUCUGGGCGCUGCUUCAAAAGCCAGUUCCCGCAGUGACCGUGACCGUGAUCGUGAUCAUUACCACGGUCGUGGCCGAGGCCGGUCUCACUCCCGCCAUGGCCGAUAUUCAUCAUCUUCCCGCAGUCGCAGCCGCAGCCGUGAUCGACGCGGCGGAAAACGUGAUAAAAGCGAACAACGCAUGAUGCAGGCCGCCCGCGCAGCUCUGACUGCCGGUGCGGCAGAGGCCUUCCGAUCUCGCAAGGAUCCUGGUGAAUGGGCCGGGGCCAAGGGCAAGCGCGUCUUGACUGCGGCCGUUACUGCGGCCGGUACCGACGGCCUUGUCGAUAAAGAUCCGAACAAGCACGGCACGCGCCAUGUCAUCGAGUCAACUCUUGCCGGUUUGGCUACCAGUCACUUCAUCAAUGGCGGCUCGUCCAAGUCUCGUGAUCGACAUGGACGGGGUCGUUCGUCAACGGGUAGUGGUCUCAAGGACCUCGCUGCAACGGGUGCACUAGCCGCGGCUGGGAAGGAGAUCUUCAAUCGAGUUUCUCGAUCGAAAUCGAAAUCCCGUGGUCGAGACGAUAGUCGUGAUCGCGAUAGCGACGAUGAUCGUCGUGGGACGAAGAAGCGCAGCAAGAGUGUCUCAGACUACAUCAACAAGGGUAUUGCAGCUCUUGGCCUUGACGAGGGCAAAGAUCGCGGCAGCAGAGACAGGAGCAGAGACAGAGACGAUCGAUCAGAUCGCCGGGACCGCCGUCACCAUGACCGCGAUCACCGAGACAGAGACAGAGAAAGAGACUCCCGCUACAGCGGCUAUUCAGAUUCAGAUUCAGACACAGAAUAUGGCAGGGGGUAUUCGCGACGAGGCAGAGGCUCGAGAGAUGUAGGUCGAACGCGUUCCCUGAACGGCGGCAGAACCCCCCAACCCCCGCGCAGCGGUGGAACAACCGGAAAAACAAAAUCAGCAAUCACCGCGCGCGGUGGAUCCCCCAGCUCCGAUAGUGAUUCUGACCUAGGCGACAGUAGCGAUGAGAAAAAGACGCAGAAGAAGAUGAAGCGGGACAUGCUGCUGACAUCCGGGCUGGCGACCGUGGCCACGAUCCAUGCCGGACACAGUGUCUACGGGUCCGUGAACAAGCGCAAGAAGCGCAUGGCCCAGCUGAAGAGUGGUGAAAUUUCCGCCGAGGAAGCGCGCAAGCAGCGCAUGAAGGCGAAUGCGCUGGAUGUCGCGAGUAUUGGGCUUGCGGCGCUGGGUAUUAAGGGUGCCUAUGGCGAGUGGAAGGAGGUUAAUGAGAAGCGCAAGGAGACCAGCCAUUUCCAGGAAGAGUGUAUGCGCAGGGCGAUGAAGAGGGAACUUAGGCGCAAUCGGAGUAACUCAUUGCCUUCGUAUCAUCGAUGGCCGGAUGAGAUUGAGGAUGCGAGGGAUCAUGCUGGGUAUGGUGGACAGGGACAUGGGAGUUUCUCAUAUCAUGAUGGGAAUCCGUAUGGAGCUACGAUAGAGGCACCGGCGAUCUCUUAUUAG